AAAGCUUUGCAAUUGUUCUUCACUAGAAGAAGCUCCAAUGGCUCUCCUUCAAUGGCUGAAGGAAGGUUUCCUACCCUCCUUCCUCUUUGCAGGCAUUAUUCUAGUAGCGGUGCUGAAGUUUCUUCAGAAGGGCAUGUUAAGAAAAAGAAAAUUCAAUCUCCCACCCAGCCCUCGGAAGCUACCCAUCAUUGGCAACCUUCAUCAGCUUGGCAACAUGCCCCACAUUUCUCUCCACCGCCUGGCUCAGAAGUUCGGCCCCAUCAUUUUCCUGCAACUUGGAGAGGUGCCAACAGUGGUAGUUUCUUCCGCUAGAGUAGCGAAAGAAGUGAUGAAGACCCAUGAUCUGGCUCUUUCAAGCCGCCCCCAGAUCUUUUCAGCAAAACACCUCUUCUAUGAUUGCACUGAUAUUGUGUUCUCUCCCUAUAGUGCUUACUGGAGGCAUAUACGGAAAAUUUGCAUACUUGAGCUACUGAGUGCCAAAAGGGUCCAAUCAUUUAGUUUUGUCAGAGAAGAAGAAGUUGCUCGCAUGGUUCAUCGGAUUGCAGAGUCAUAUCCCUGCCCCACCAAUUUAACCAAGAUUCUUGGACUCUAUGCAAAUGAUGUCCUUUGCAGGGUCGCCUUUGGAAGGGAUUUCUCAGCAGGAGGGGAGUACGAUAGACAUGGGUUCCAAACGAUGCUCGAGGAGUAUCAAGUAUUGCUUGGAGGAUUUAGUGUGGGAGAUUUCUUCCCUUCCAUGGAGUUUAUACACAGCUUAACAGGCAUGAAAUCAAGACUACAAAACACCUUUCGACGUUUUGAUCACUUUUUUGAUGAGGUGGUGAAGGAACAUCUCGAUCCCGAGAGAAAGAAAGAGGAACACAAGGACCUCGUUGAUGUUUUACUCCAUGUCAAGGAGGAAGGAGCUACCGAAAUGCCUCUCACCAUGGAUAAUGUCAAGGCCAUCAUCUUGGAUAUGUUUGCUGCAGGAACUGAUACAACCUUCAUAACCCUAGAUUGGGGAAUGACAGAGCUCAUCAUGAACCCUAAAGUCAUGGAAAGAGCACAGGCUGAAGUAAGAAGCAUUGUUGGAGAGAGAAGAGUUGUGACAGAGAGUGAUCUUCCACAACUGCACUACAUGAAAGCUGUCAUCAAAGAGAUCUUCCGAUUGCACCCUCCAGCACCAGUUUUAGUCCCAAGAGAAUCCAUGGAAGAUGUAACAAUUGAUGGGUACAAUAUUCCAGCCAAAACAAGGUUUUUUGUUAAUGCCUGGGCAAUAGGGAGAGACCCAAAAUCCUGGCAAAACCCUGAAUCAUUUGAACCACAAAGAUUCAUGGGUAGUACUAUUGACUUCAAAGGCCAGGAUUUUGAGUUGAUACCUUUUGGGGCUGGGAGAAGAAGCUGCCCAGCUAUUACAUUUGGAGCAGCAACUGUUGAGCUUGCUCUUGCUCAACUUCUCCACAGCUUUGAUUGGGAGCUUCCCCCUGGCAUCCAAGCUCAAGAUUUGGAUAUGACAGAAGUUUUCGGCAUCACAAUGCACAGGAUAGCUAACCUAAUCGUGCUUGCAAAACCACACUUUCCCUAGGAUAAUACCAUGCCAAUCAACAAGUCAGGUCAUGUUCGAUUACAAUAAUUUCAAGGUUCAUCCUAAAUUCAACA